UCAGACAAUCAGUAGGAGAAAUUACUAUACAUUACAAAUGCUUUCUCAGUUCUUCGACCUUUUCUGAUUUUGUCUUCUGAUUCCGGUUCGGGAGCUCAAAUCGAACCUCCACUAAAAUUCACAGAUUGUAAAAGGUAUGGACAGAAUCAGUGGACUAUCCGAUGAAUUACUAGCUAAGAUAUUAUCCUUUGUUCCGACAAAAGUUGCUGUUUCAACUAGCAUUUUGUCUAAGAGAUGGGAGUUUCUUUGGAUGUGGGCGUCUAAAUUCGAGUUGGAGAAGAAUCUUUUUGGAUCAGAAAUUGCAAUUAAAGAUUUUAUUAACAAGAAUCUGCCAUUGCUUAAAGCUCCGGUCAUAGAAAGCUUUUGCAUCGAAUGUUAUUCUUCAUUUCAACCAGAGGAUAUUAAUCGGUGGGUUGCAAUCACGGUUUCUCGCUUCAUUCGUGAGCUUGAUCUCGACUGUAAAUGGUUUAGUUUCUCGGAACCUGCUAUUUUAUUGCCGAGCAGCUUGUAUACCUGCGAAUCGCUAGUGACUCUGAAACUUAACGGCAAGAAGAUUAUUGUGGAUGUUCCUCGCACGGUUUCCUUCCCUUCAUUGAAAAACUUGCUGCUUGGAUCUGUGACUUAUCGGGAUAAAGAUUGUCUCCGGCUGCUUUUAUCUUAUUGUCCUGUUCUUGAAGAUCUUGUUAUUCACCGAGAAAGUUCUUUUGACAAUGCACAACCGAUCGUUGUUAUUAGUCCGUCCUUGUUGAGGCUAACCUUACCGAUUGAAGAUGAUGGAAUUAAUUGUCCUGGUGAGUAUGUGUUAGUUACUCCUUCUUUGAAGUAUUUCAAAGUUGAAGAUCAUAAUGGACGGUUCAACUAUUUGAUCGCGCAUAUGCCUGAGGUGGAAGAGGCGGAUAUCAAUGUUGAUGAAUAUCUGGAGCGUAUCUUCGAAUCAAUCACAUCUGUCAAACGACUUUCGUUAUGUGUAAUGUACAACAUUCAAGACGGGUAUUUGUAUCGUGAUGGUAUUUUCUUCAGUCAGCUUGAUCAUCUGAAGCUAUGUAUCUCCUUUGAUUAUUGGUCGAAGUUACUUUUCCGGUUGCUCCAAGAUUCUCCUAAACUGCGAGUGCUCAGUCUUACCGUCGAUAUUGAAGGACGUUUUAAGAAGUAUGAACCGAUUAAUUGGAACAAUGACCAGAUCUCUGUUCCUAGCUGUUUGUUGGAGAGCCUUGAAACUUUCGAAUUUGAUGGGUAUAUGGGAAAACAAGAAGAGAGAGAUUUCGUGAGUUUUAUCAUCAAAAAUGCUUGUCACUUGAAGUCCUCAUCAAUCACGCCUUGUACCAUUGCAGAAGAUUAUUCCUCAACGAAUAGUUCAGAUGAUUAAGGAGAUGUUUGUAUUCGAUUAUGGAUUUUUAGGCUUUGUUUUGUUAUGUCCAAGAACAAUUAGGUACUUUAGUCAGAUGUGUAAACUGUACUAUCUUUUCAUGUGUUGAUUCUAAUAUUGUCUGGUUAA